AAAUUUUACAUCAAGACAAUCCCAGGAAAGUUCCAAGUGUUCAAAAUUUCAAGUAAAUUCUCCUCAACAAAUAUGCAUAACGCACUGAGGUUGGUCAGCAGGAUGAGGGCAGUUUCUACCCUUCCAAUGCUUCUCAGGUCACCUGUCAAUCCCCAGACUAUCCGCCCUCAGCUUCCUUCCCAGCUGUUACAAGUGGAGAGGUUCAGCUGUGGAGGGUGUGGGAAACCCCCCAGCAGACGACCGGAGAAGAAGGAAAAAGGAGGGAAAUGUGAUCAAGUGAAGCCGAAGAUCGAGGAAGGAGGGAAAUGUGGCGAGGUGGAACAGACUAAGAAAGAGAAGGGUGAACAAUGCACCGAAGUAAAGGGAAAAGAUAAGAAGAAAGGUGAGAAGAAAGAUAAGAAACAAUGUUCCAGUGUAAAGGGUGCGGACAAGAAAAGUAAGCAGUGUACCGAAGUCAAAGGAAAACGAGGAAAAAGUAAAGAUAAUGGAGGUCAGUGUGCCGAGGUGAAAGACAAAAGUGGAAAAAAGGACAAGAAAGGUAAACAGUGCACUGAAGUAAAAGGUAAAAGAGGGAAAAGUAAAGAUAGAGGAUCUCAAUGUUCUGAGGUGAAAGGCAAGAGUGAAAAGAAGAAUGAUGAGUGUGAUGAAGUUAAAGAAAAGGAAAACGAUGGAGAUAUGUGUUCUGAGGUGCAAGAAAAAAAGAAUCGUGGAGACCAAUGUUCAGAAGUGAAAAGAAAAGAAAAGCGUAAUGCAAAGGGAGGUCAGUGUGAAUCUGUGAAAGGGAAAAGGUCAAAAAGUGGGAAUCGACCAUCUAAAAAGAGUGAGGAGGACGAUGAUUGUGGUUGUAGGCCUAUGUAAUAAAUGUACUUGAGUUUUA